CACUUUUGCCCCCACUACGACGCCCCUGGUUCUGUGCAGUGUUUGUUUGUGUGUGUGUGUGUGUGUGUGUGUGUUUGUGUGUGUGUGAGAGAGAGAGAGAGAGAGAGAGAGAGAGAGAGAGAGAGAGAGAGACGCUGACGUUCCCAUGCAAGCAGUGAAGCAGUCGCACCUUUCCACGAGCGUGGUACAGUCUCUCGGUCCCCUCCUUCUCUCAGCACCAACACCGACCUGUUUCCCUCUCGCGCUCCUCGUGUUAGAAGAUCUCGAUCCCGUCUUUCCACCCACCGUGGACUUUCUCCAUCUGAACCUGCUCAAUCCUCUCCUUCCCACCACGACCAGCAGCGGCACUGACCCCGGUGUCACCCUGCACUUUGCCACCAUCCGUCCAAGUCGUCGCGACGCAGCGGUGAAUAAGCCUGAGAGGUGAACAGUGUGGGAAUGCAAAAGGAUUAUCACCUGACCUUAACCCUGAGGAGACAAAGCAACUAGACCAUUCGAUCGCACGUUUUCUGAUCUUUCCUGCACUACAAUGCCUUUGAGGUUACAAUGUCUGCACUGAAGCACGUUAUCCUACAAGAUAAAGACCAGGACGUGGAGAAGAAGCUGGACUGGAGCUACAUAGAGUGGGCUGAAAAUGAAGUUAUCCCAACAGGUGUGGCAAAUGCACAGACACAAACAGACUGGGAACAGACUUUUGAGCACAAGGAGAGUCAGACCAGCAACCCGGUCAUAAUGCACAUAGACCUGACACGCACACACUCCAAGCUCAGACACUCAUCCCUGGUGGACCCUGACCGCUUGGAUGCACCUUUCUUCCAGUUUGACCGGCAGGCCCCAGGGCGCAUCUCCACUUCACCGACCCUGAGAAGAAUGAGGAGCACCAGACGUCCCCUUUUGGACCCCUGGGACCCUGUCAGGAUGGGUAGCACUCGGGAGGAGCCUUCCUCUGGGAUCUCACAGUCUUCCAUAAGCCCCCUGUCCCCAGUACACAAAGUUAGGUCCCCUCUUGCAGCAAGCCCCCUCUUUGAUGGAGAGAUCUGUCAGACCAACUCAUUGUCUGGCCGACAGAGAACCAGAUCAUAUAGAUCAAAUACUUUUGACAAUUGUACGUCUAAAAGACAAGAAUGUAACAAUGCUCAUCCCACUGGUGUGAAAGUAUUUGGAUUAACUGAAAGUGAAGUUAAGGAGAGGGAGCGUAACAGGCUCCAGGAGAGGAGGCGGAGCUCUGUGGUGGUCAGCCUGCCGGGAUUGGACGUUUCACCAGGAGACCUUUUCGUAUCUAAUGGAGUAGCUGACAUUUUAAAUGGAUCAAACUUCUCUGAUACCAAGAAGUCAAAGUGGCCCUUUUCAAGGCGCAGCACGACCAAAGGGAAGGCGCCGGUGUGCACAGCGUCAGAUGUUGACAAGUAUCUCUCAACGUCUCAGAUUGCAGAAUGGAGAAACCCAGACCUCCAGAGGUUUAAGGACUUCUCUCUGGCAGAGUUCCUGCGGGACCAGUCUUCCCAGGUGAGCUUCAGCUCCGACCCUCAGGGCUUUAAGAGACAGGAAGCCAUCUGGGAACUUUUCACCAGCGAGUGUGUCUACUUCCUGGAUCAGCUCAUGGUGCUCAAAGAGGUGUUUUUGUCUACGCUCACAAACCUGCAGAUGAGCAGCUGCCUGACUGAUGUCGACUCAUGGAGGCUGUUUGCAAACCUCAACGAGCUCUGCCUGGUGAGCUUUGGUUUCCUGAACAACCUCCUGCGUGUCAUCAAGGACAUGUUGGAGAUCAGUGAGGGUGGCGGGCCCACCCUGCUGGAGCUGCUGAGCAAGGCUUUUCAGGAGAGCGUAUGCCACUGUCUUCAGAAGUACUGCCUUAACUACUCCACGGCUCUACUUUAUCUGGACAGCCUGAAGCCUCGAGAGGACUUUGGAUCCUACGUGAAGUGGUGUGAGAGGAACGAACAGUGCAGGAGGCUGCAACUACGGGACUUGCUAGUGGCGCCGUUGCAGAGGCUAACCCGAUACCCGCUGUUGUUGAGGAAUAUUGCAAAGAGAUGCCAGGCGGAGGACGAGACCAGAGGCCUGCAGGUUAUAGCCGAGCAAGUGGACACCUCUAUAUGUGAUUUAGAAGGAAAGGUGAAGUGGCUCGACAACUACCAGAAGGUGAAACAGCUGAGAGAUGCUCUGGUGUGGCUUCCUGUGUGGGAGAGAGACAAGCGUGCCUUCGUUCCUGAGAAUCUGAAACAUCUAUUAAAGGCCGUCACUCUGGAGAAUCUCAUCUCGCACAGAAGUCUGCUGCAUGAAGGGAAGCUGGUGCUCAUUGAGAACACGAAGCUGAUUGACGUCUAUCUGUUCCUGUUUGACGAAUUCUUGCUGAUCACAAAGAUAAAGAGAAACAAGAAGCGGUCUAUCGGUCCAGAGCAGAAUCCUCUGAGGCCUCCGCAGAACCCGGAGCUGGACCAGCUGCUGAAGGAGGGAUCCACAUUUACUGUUCUGGACCAGCCUGUGUCUCUGGACCGACUCCAGCUCAAGAACAUUGACCAACUCAAUGCCUCAACAUCAGGGCUCCCUCACUCAUUCAUCAUCAUGCACCAGAAUCGCUACCAGCAGUGUAUCGGAGCUUUCAUCCUGCAAGCUGCCUCAGAGGCUGCAAAGAGAGUGUGGAUGUCAAAGAUAGAGGGCGCUGUGACAGCGCUGCUGAAGCUGGACUCUGAGCAGCCUCGAGUCAAGAGCUCCUCCCUGUGGUUGGAGUCUUCUCAGAUCUGAGCCACGAGCAGCACCAGAAGCCAUGUGACACCCAUCUACUGUCAAUGUGCACUUCACUGUCUCCUGACGUCCUGUAACUUAAAGUACUAGCACUAGAUUCCUUUUUGUACACUUAAUGUUUGCCGAUGAAGGCAGCUGCUGCAGUAGUGUAAAAUAAAUAUGUCAUUAUAUAGUAAA